AGUCUUUUCAUGUUGCUGUGUUUGGGAGUCCACUUGUCGUCUUCAGAAAUUCUGAAACGGCAAAAGAGAAACUGGAUCAUUGAUUCCUUUGAAAUUAAAGAAAGCUAUAAAGGACCAUUCCCAUAUGUACUGGGCACUGUUAAAGUAGACAAGAACCUCACCCGUUUCGAAAUAAUGGGCCAUGGUGUUGAUGAGGAUCCCAAAGGCACCUUAUCAAUUGAUCCCAUAACAGGGGUGAUCUCAGUCCACAAGCCUGUGGACUACGAGUCUUACAGAAUGUUGGAGUUAAAAUUCCGGGCAGUGAAUGUAGAAAACAAUCUUAUAGACACGCAGCUGGGUGUUGAGAUAAUCAUCAAGGACACAAACGACAAUGCUCCACAGUUUAUCAAGGCUGUAUAUGAGGUCAGCAUACCAGAAUCAACAUUGCAAGGCAGGGAAGUGACAACAAUUCAAGCACCGGACGUGGACACUGGAGAUGACGGAAGAGUUAAUUAUGCAAUGGUCUCAGUCACGCCUAAACAUGAUAACGUUGAGUUUUAUUUAACUCAGGCGGAUAUUAGUCAGACUGGAGUCAUCUCCUUCAAAGGCUGUCUGGAAUACAGGAAAGCUCAAAAGUACACCAUUAUUGUGGCAGCCAAAGACAAUGGAAAAGAUGUGCAGCUCUCCAGCACUGGUACCAUCAUAAUCAAUAUAAUAGAUGGAAAUAACCACCUUCCUGUCAUCACUGGACUUACUGGUCUAGCAAGUGUGAAAGAAGGAGAGGAAAAUGUUCUUAUCACGCGUUUGCAAGUCAAAGACGAAGACGCCCAAGGUACAGUGGCCUGGAGAGCGAAAUUCAAAAUCCAUGGAGACUCCAACAAAAACUUCAAAAUCACUACUGAUCCUAAGACAAAUGAGGGACUUCUAUUUGUGGAAAAGCAUCUGGACUAUGAAGACAGUCCUAACAAGAAACUAAACAUCAGUGUAGAGAAUGAGAUCCCUUAUCACGCAUGCAAAGUGAAGACUCGCACAAAGAGUGGUUUAUGGGAUGUUUUCAUCGAUGGGAAAGAGAAAAGUCAACGACCCUUUCCAUUGACAGUAGUUGUGGAGGAUGUAAAUGAUGCUCCCGUCUUUCUCAAAAGUAACAAACAAGUCUGGCUGAAAGAGAACAUUGCGACAGGACGCUACCUGGAGACAUUUACAGCUGAAGACAAUGACGGUGCAACUGGAAACAAAAUACAAUACAGAAAGGAAAACGAUAUAGCUGACUGGAUUAUAGUGGAUUCCAAGACUGGAAAAGUAACCACAUCAAAGUCUCUGGACCGAGAGUCUGCGUUUGUGAAAAACAACACCUACAUCGUAAAGAUACUAGCUGCUGAUAAUGGUAUGAUAUAA